GGGAGGCGGCGGCGGAGCCAAGAUGGCCGCGGCGGUGUCCGUGUUCACCGGCGUGCGGCUCCUCACCAUCGGGGACGCCAACGGCGAGAUCCAGCGGCACCAGGAGCAGCAGGCGCUGCGGCUCGAGGCGCGCACGGGGCCCGACAGCGCCGGCCUGGCGCUCUACAGCCAUGAAGAUGUGUGCGUAUUUAAGUGUUCUGUGUCCAGGGAGACGGAAUGCAGCCGCGUGGGCAAACAGUCCUUCAUCAUCACGCUGGGGUGUAAUAGUGUCCUUAUGCAGUUCGCAACACCGACUGAUUUCUGUUCCUUUUAUAAUAUCCUGAAAACCUGCCGGGGUCACAACAUAGAGCGGUCAGUGUUCAGCGAGCGGACGGAGGAGUCUUCUGCAGUGCAGUACUUCCAGUUCUACGGUUACCUGUCCCAGCAACAGAACAUGAUGCAGGACUACGUCCGGACGGGCACGUACCAGCGGGCCAUCCUGCAGAACCACAGCGACUUCAAAGACAAGAUCGUCCUGGACGUCGGCUGCGGCUCCGGCAUCCUCUCAUUCUUUGCCGCACAGGCUGGGGCGAGAAAAAUCUAUGCAGUAGAAGCCAGCACAAUGGCCCAGCAGGCAGAGGUUUUAGUGAAAAGCAACAACCUCACGGACAGGAUCGUGGUCAUCCCCGGCAAGGUGGAGGAAAUCUCGCUUCCUGAACAGGUGGACAUAAUUAUCUCAGAGCCUAUGGGGUAUAUGCUCUUCAACGAACGCAUGCUGGAAAGCUACCUGCAUGCCAAGAAGUACUUAAAACCCAGUGGUAACAUGUUCCCUACGAUCGGCGACGUGCACCUGGCCCCAUUCACGGACGAGCAGCUCUACAUGGAGCAGUUUACAAAGGCCAAUUUCUGGUAUCAACCGUCCUUUCAUGGUGUGGACUUGUCAGCACUUAGAGGAGCCGCGGUAGAUGAGUAUUUUAGACAGCCUGUUGUGGACACCUUUGAUAUCAGGAUUUUAAUGGCGAAGUCCGUUAAAUAUACAGUCAACUUCUUAGAAGCCAAAGAAGGCGAUUUGCACAGGAUAGAAAUCCCAUUCAAGUUCCACAUGCUGCAUUCAGGUCUAGUCCAUGGCUUGGCUUUCUGGUUUGAUGUAGCCUUCAUUGGUUCAAUGAUGACAGUGUGGCUCUCGACGGCCCCCACCGAGCCACUGACCCACUGGUACCAGGUCCGGUGUCUGUUUCAGUCUCCGCUUUUCGCCAAAGCCGGGGACACGCUCUCAGGGACGUGUCUGCUCAUCGCCAACAAGCGACAAAGCUACGACAUUAGUAUUGUCGCCCAGGUGGAUCAGACGGGUUCCAAGUCCAGCAACCUCCUUGACUUGAAAAACCCCUUCUUCAGGUACACAGGCACGACACCUUCCCCCCCGCCAGGCUCCCACUACACGUCUCCAUCCGAGAACAUGUGGAACACGGGUGGCGCCUACAACAUGAGCACGGGGAUGGGCGUGGCCGGGAUGCCCACGGCCUACGACCUCAGCAGUGUUAUUACCGGUGGCUCCAAUGUCAGCCACAACAACUUGAUUCCUCUAGCGGCCAGCGCGGGGAUUGUCAAUCACACGCACUCCAGGAUGGGCUCCAUCAUGAGCACCGGCAUCGUCCCAGGCUCCUCCGGCAGCCAGAGUGGAGGCGGUUCAAGCGCUCACUACCCGGUCAACAGCCAGUUCACCAUGGGGGGCCCCGCCAUCUCCAUGGCCUCCCCCAUGUCCAUCACCACCAACACAAUGCAUUACGGGAGCUAAAACCCCUCCGCCCCGUCUCUGAACUGACAGCGCCAGGAAACCAAAUGAAGAUGACCCCUCCCCCUCUCCCCCCGUGACAAACUGUUCCCCCCUCCCCCUGCCAGCCAGCUCGCUGGGGCCGUUUUUACCGGCCCAUGAGCCCAACCCACCCAUCGGCUCCUCCACUCUUUGAUAUCGGACUUGGACAGUUUUUUAUGAAAUGUCGAACCUCAGAUUCUCCGCCCGUCUCGAGCCCCCAGUGUUAGCUGUCCCCCGCCACCUGAUCAUGUAGUGAAGUCCUUUUAGUUCAUCAUCUUCCAUAUGAGCUGGGGCUGCGGGGGCUGGGCCGCUCAGCGGCACCAUGGCCCCAGCUGGGCAUUUCACAGAGAUGGCCAUGCCCGUGCCCAGUGUCCAGGAUUCCUCCCUAGCUGUGGUUCUGGGCCUUUCUGGCCUGGCACCCUGGUCUCCCUUCGCUCCCUGCUGGUGCAGGGCAGCUGGGCUGGGCAGUUGUUUUGCCAGGCAGCUGGAAGCAAGGCUGUUGGAGUAGCCCAAUGGAGCCCCUUGCCCCCAGCGACUGCCGUAAAUCCCAUGCCUCAUUGGGGAGGGGUUUUU